CCGCCUGCCUCAUACAUCGUCACCAAAAACAAAACCCCAACCAAUACAACAGGCACGCAUCGUAACGAUUAAGCUGCCCAAAAUGGUCGACAAAAAGCGAUCGAGCACGAGAGAUGGUAAUAAUGAACCGGAAAUCGAGAUGUCACCCGAACUGAAGAAGGAGAUGUACACCACAUGGGGAGAGAUGAUACGACAUUGGCCUAAAACCACAUUAUGCAUUGUGUCAAACGAAUUCUGUGAACGAUUCUCGUACUAUGGAAUGAGAACGGUCCUCAUUUUGUAUCUGUUGAACGUCCUCAAAUUCAACGAUAGUCAGUCUACUGUUUUUUUUAAUGGCUUCACUGUUCUCUGCUAUAUCACGCCAUUACUUGGUUCAAUUCUUGCUGACGGUUAUAUUGGGAAAUUUCGGACUAUAUUUUUUGUUUCCAUAUUGUAUGCCUGUGGUCAAGUUAUUCUUGCUCUAGCGUCUAUCAAAGAUAAGGAAUCAAAAAUCCAUCCAUGGAUGGACCUGGCAGGUUUGAUUAUUAUUGGCUUUGGAACAGGUGGUAUAAAGCCUUGUGUGUCAGCUUUUGGAGGAGAUCAGUUUGAAAUUGGUCAGGAAAGAAUGCUGUCGUUGUUUUUCUCCAUGUUUUACUUCUCUAUCAACGCAGGCUCAAUGAUAUCUACUUUUAUUUCGCCAAUAUUCAGAUCUCAGCCAUGUCUCGGUCAAGAUUCGUGUUAUCCUCUUGCAUUUGGAAUCCCAGCAAUUUUAAUGGUUCUCGCAACAUGUUUGUUUAUGGCCGGAUCGUUCUGGUACAAGAAGCCACCUCCAAAAGAAAACGUGUUUGGAGAGGUCGCUCGAGUGUUUGGGGUUGGUGCACUACAAUACUCUGCGCUUAACAUGAUGGCAUACAAAAGAUCUAAAAAAUUUUUGGACGACGUGAAAUCACUCCUUCGAGUUCUUAUUAUGUUUCUUCCUGUGCCAAUGUUCUGGGCAUUGUACGACCAACAAGGUUCUAUUUGGUUAAUUCAGGGUAUUCAGAUGGAUUGCCGACUUUUCGGGAAUCUACUUCUUCUUCCCGAUCAAAUGCAAACGUUGAACGCCGUUUUGAUUCUAUUGUUCAUCCCACUCUUUCAGAUUAUCAUCUACCCAUUGAUUGCUAAAUGCUUUGCCAUCACGCCCUUGCGAAAAAUGGUAGCUGGUGGACUACUCGCAUCGCUUUCACUUGCCGUCGCUGGUUUUGUGCAGAUUAGCGUCAACAUCUAUUUCACCUGCUCCUUAUACAGAGUCGUGCUCGCAACAACUCCAAGGUACGAUGGAAAUCUUGUAAUGUGCCGAAUGGAUGCCACUGACUUUGAUCCGGCACAUCCUUGUAAUCCACGUAGUCCAUCAGAUUUCUACUAUUGGGAGACUAACUAUGAUGGUGGAACCGAUGAUCGAAAAGCCAACUCCACUUACAUGACUGCUAAGGGAAAUUCGACAGACUACGCUGUGGAAUAUGUUUUCAAGCCGGUGAAACCUGGAAAAGGAUUUUGCCCAGGUGCAUUGCUAUACGCACUGAAAGACUUUUCUAGUAAGCUUUUUUUCCGAUGGCAAUUAUACUAUUUGGAUGGAACUCCAAAGAACGUUGGUUCGAAAACACCACCGAAGACGAACAUUACUGUGAAGGCCACUGGUGUCUGGAUGGAAGUUCACGAGCAGGGUGCCGUGUACGUUUUGGCCCUUACCGGAUCGAAGGAUCAACCAACAAAGCAUAUUAACCAAGUGGUGGAACCAAAUUCUGUAUCUAUUCUAUGGCAAAUACCGCAAAUCGUUAUAAUUACUGUUGCUGAAAUUCUUUUUUCUAUUACUGGUUACGAAUUUGCUUACUCACAGUCAGCACCGUCCAUGAAAGCUCUUGUACAAGCACUUUGGUUGCUGACCACUGCCAUUGGUGAUUCUAUCAUCGUUCUAAUCACGGCGCUUAAUCUGUUUUCUAACAUGGCGACCGAAUUCUUCGCAUAUGCUGGAGCCAUGUGUGCCGUUAUUUUCGUGUUUGCAUUGAUGGCUAUUUUCUACUAUGAAUACAACUUCUAUACACAAGAAAAGAAUCCCGCCUUCCAAUCCGAGGACGGUGUUGGUGAACCUCACGAGAAAGCGGUUAAAUGGAACGAGAAACUAGAUGAUAGAAAGUAUUUAGUGGUGAUAAUGGAACAGUACACGCUACUUAAAUGA